AUGAUGCUCCUCUCAUUACUGACAGGCGCCAGAGACCAGAAGGGGACGCGCUCGUAUCAGCUCCCCCCGGGGAAGAAGAAGAGGAAGCAGGGGAGAGCAGCCGGCGAGCGAGAAUGCGCGGCGGCGGCGGCGGACGGGAGGACGACGAGGUGUCGCGGAAGCUCAAGAGCAUGGAGGUGGACAAGAUGGGGGACGGCGACGGCGAGGACAGCCCGCGGCCCGCCGUCAAGUACUACGGCUGGAAGGCCAUGCCCUUCAUCAUCGGCAACGAGACGUUCGAGAAGCUGGGGACGCUGGGCACGUCGGCGAACCUGCUGGUGUACCUGACGCAGGUGUUCCACAUGCGGAGCGUGGACGCCGCCACCCUCCUCAACGGGCUCAACGGCACCACCAGCCUGGCCCCCAUCAUCGGCGCCUUCCUCUCCGACGCCUACCUCGGCCGCUACCUCGCGCUCGCCAUCGCCUCCAUCGCCUCCCUCAUCGUAAGUGCCCUGCUCCUGCCCUCGCCCUCCUCAAUUGGUAGUACUCCGUCCUUCGCUUGCUUGCUUCCUCGCCGCCGGGAUCGGGGUGGGAAUUCAAUUGUGUUCCUUGGUUGUUGACGGAGUCGCCGCCGGGGCCAGAUUCAGUUCCCGCCCGGACGACGGUAGAUGACGGUGGGGUUGGUGGCCUGCGCCUGCGCCUGCGCGCGAUGAGUUGUUGGACUCGCUCUCGCGCCAGCCGAGCUCUUCUUGCUUUGUUUUUUUUCCCUUCCCUUUCGCUGGAGACGAUGGUGGGCGGGCACAUGGGGCGAGCGCCCACGUGCGCGCUCGCUCACUUGCUCGUGAUCGAUCACUUCCGAAUUUCUUUCCCCUCUUCAGGACCUCAUCCUCUUCCCAACGCGAAUGUACGUGGGAGAUCUAAGAACUCGGGCGCAGUGAUUAGCAGCACGCCGUGCGCACUAACAAUGAUAGUGCCAGCGCGAGGGGCUUAGCUGAAGUUUCAGGCCAUUUUUUUUUUGCCGGGAGUUUCAGGCCAUUCAUUGGUUGAAAGACUUCAGAUCGGAGGAUGAAUUUGGGUUAGUUCGUGUGGAAUUUGGAGUGUGAUUUUUAGGUGCAGCGUGGAGUUCGCUCGCCGUCUUCUUCAUGUUUGAAGUUGUGUCUUUGACGUUUGGGCAGAGCGUGUACGGAGCAGCUACCAAACCAUGCGUCUUAACGGGUCAAAUUGGUGGU